AUGGAGGGAUGUCCAGGCAACGCUGAAAACCCCCUGACGCAGCCGGGUGCCUACCGCCACCCAGGCCUCCGGCACCUCUACCACUACGUCGAGAUGUCCCCCACCCCCGAGAAGGGCAUUUACGCCGUCACCACCGCAACAAUGUGUCGGUUGGAGGUGGUGGUGGAGGGGAAGGUGCGACUUGCUGAGUCCGAACAGCUGUCAGUCUCAGAGUUUCAUGCCGGGGAAUCCGAGUUGCGCGACAGGAUCUUAUCAGAUCAAUUUGUCCAUCAUAUCAGAUAA